GAGGAGGGAGGGGAGAGUUUAAAAGAGAGAGUACAGAGGCUCCUCCUCGUUCGCUGCGUGUGUUUCUUGUGUUUUUUCAGCCUGUUCUUCACUCACACUCUCGCUUAGCAGAGAUUCAGAGGUGCAAGGAGAGCAAAGAUUCUCACUGGGAAAGGAAAACAAGGGGGGGAAGGGAUUAUCUUCCUCUCUCACCAGGAAAGGGACCUAAACAAGAAAAGAAAAAAAAAGGGUAAAAAAAUAUAGUGUUUAUUCUGAGGGUGUGGGUACUCAUAUCAGAGCCCUGCCUUCUGCACGUGCUCAGCUCUGCACACAACUGUGUUCCCAGAUGGAGAGGAUGCAGGGAGAGGGAGAGGGGGAGGUGGACCACCUGGAGCGACCAAGCCCUCUGACUGACAAGGAGAGGGUGAUGAUACAGGACUCCUGGGCAAAAGUCUACGAGAACUGUGAUGACAAUGGGGUGGCCAUCCUCGUCAGGCUGUUUGUGAACUUCCCCUCAUCCAAGCAGUACUUCAACGACUUCAAGCACAUUGAGGAGCCGGAGGAGCUGGAGAAGAGCGCCCAGCUUAGGAAGCAUGCUCACAGAGUCAUGAAUGCCCUCAAUACACUGGUGGAGAGCCUUGACAACCCAGAAAAGGUGGCCUCGGUGCUGAAGGUGGUUGGCAGGGCCCACGCUCUCCGACACAAGGUGGACCCAGUGUACUUCAAGAUCCUCAGCGGUGUAAUACUGGAAGUCCUCGGAGAAGCAUUUUCAGACAUCGUGACGCCAGAGGUGGCCGCGGCGUGGACCAAACUCUUGGCUACAGUCUACUACAGCAUUACAGCCAUCUACAAGGAACUGGGCUGGCCCAAGCUCUCAACCUCAACCGGGUGAUGCUUUAAGUUUGGGUUUAUCAGACCACGAGCACCCAGAGACUUCUAAUUUUCAGGCCAUAAAAGGUCUCAUAAGAGAGGGAUGACUUUACUGACCUUCUGAAAGGAGGCAAUGUAUCUUUGCAGAUGUUAUCUGGUAAUGGGGAAUACAAUUAAAUGUAAUCUAUGAUAAUUGUGGGCUAUGGAACAUAUCGAACUGUUUGUUUUUAAUGCUCUUGUAAAGGACAAACGAUAUAAAGGAGAGAGCAAAGAGGUCUAAAAUGCAAACAUGAAUCCAAACGUGGACACAAGAGGUCACAUUUCACUUGGAUGUGCCUUCGACUGAAUGUGUAUAUCGAGAAACUGCCAUGUAAAUACCAUUCUUUCUAAAUAUCACGCGACGUUUCCUUAUAUCUGUAUCCACUUGUGUCCUCUUGACUAGAUAUUAAGAAGACAUUGUUUUGUUUACAUUUUUAUCAGAUAAUUGUGAUGUUUUUUUGUUUUUUUUUCAU